UCAAAUAUUUAUCAUUUCUUGAUAUGAGAACAUUUAAAAUUCCCUCUUUUAGCUUUUUUUAAAAUAUACAUAUGAUAUAAAUUUGUUUCUUUUAAAUCAAGAUGGAAGUGGCAGGGGAGGUUUCACUGUGUUGCCCAGGCUAGCCUCUAACUCCUGAGCUCAAGCGAUGCACCCACCUCAGCCUCCCAAAGUCCUGGGAUUUCAGGUGUGAGCCCCACACCCAACCAAAAAUAUAGAAUACAUUAUUCUUACCUAUAGACACCUUGCUGUGCAAUAGAGCACUUCUUGAUAAAUCCUGGUACUGAGGAUCCUGGAAAUAAUCUCUUUCUUUAAAAAAGGCAUUUGUAAAUCUCAUUCUUAGUUGACAAGGAAUUAAUAAUAAGGCCCAAACUUACAUAUGAGUAUAUUCACCUUUGACUAACUUCUCAGCACAAGAAAUAACUCUUUUAUGAAACAGGCAAAAUGUAUUCACAGCUACUACUGACCUUGAUAUGUAACAUAUAAUUAUAGUAUUUACUUUUUAUGUGAAAAUCCACUUAAAUUCUCUUUGAUUAAAUAACUGUGUUAAAGGUUCGCCCCUUUGAUGUUCUUGUACAGUCUGGAUGCUAAUCCGAAAGUAAACACUGUAGGGAGAUGAGAAGUAGAGAACAGUUAAACUUGUACACACAUAAUCUACAUUCACAUGAUAUGAUCUGUCAUGUAAGGAGCACAUGUUUUAUUUGCACACAUGGAUGUGCUUCUAUGAGCAUGAAGAACUCUACCGAAGAACACUAGUACAUGUAUUUGCACACGUGGAUGUGCUUCUAUGAGCAUGAAGAACUCUACCGAAGAACACUAGUACAUGUUUGUUUUCAGGGCCAAGGAGGACAGAGUGUUCUGGAGACACAGUUCUUAAGCAAAGGGAGAGAAGGAUAAGUCUAGAAAUCUGGAGAGCCCCUGAUUUUGCUCAACGGACUUCUGGCACUUGGGCAGCGUCUUUCACCAGUUCACCACUCCUUACAUCUUUGCAAAGCCCCAGUUCAUAAACGCCAUAGAACAAGGUGUAAUAGUAAUAAGGCUUCCUUAAAUAAAUGGGACUACAUCAAACUACAAAGAUUCUGCACAGCAAAGGGCACAAGUAACAAAAUGAAAAGGCAACCUGUAGAUUGGGGGGGAAGAUCUGAUAAGGUCUAAACACCCAGCAUUUAUAAAGAACUCUUGCAACUCAAAACUGCUGUGAGCUAACACGUCACAUCUGUCAGGAUUGCUAUCAUCGAAAAAACGAGAGGUGAGACUUGUCGGUGAGGAUGUGGGACGAGGGGAGCCUGUAUGCUGUUGCUGGGAAUGGAAAUUGCUGCAGCCAUUAAGGACAACGGGUUGGAGAUUCCUAAAGAAGUUAAAAAGAAAACUCCUCUAUGAUCCAGCAAUCCCUUUUGUGGGUGUAUACCAAAGACACUGAAAUCACCACCUCAUAAAGACAUCUGCUCUCCCACAUCAGUGCAGCACUAGUCACAGUAGCCAAGAGUGAAAACAACCUGGGCAUCUGUCAGUGAAUGAAUAUACACGUGUGAACUAGAUAGCUAGAUAGAUAUAAGAAUCUUACCACCUUAGAAAGGAGGAAAUGCGGCCAUUAACCCACUAUUUCAACAGACCUGGUGGAUAUCAUGCUAAGGAAAAUCAGCCAGACACAAAAGGAAAAAUACUGCAUCAUCUCACUUAUAUGUGGAAUCCGAGAAAAAAGGUCAAAUACACAGAUCUGGAGAAUAAAACAGUGGUUUGGGCUCAGGUAAUAGAGAGAGGUAGCGGAAAGCAUGCAAAGUGGUAGAUAUGCAGAAUGAGCAGGUGGAAGAUCUAACGCACAGCAUAACAUAAGGACUGGAGUUAAUAGUGCAUUGUAUUCAGAGCUUUUGCUAACUGAGUGGACUGUAGUUGCUUUUCUCCUCUUGCCAUCAGCUGGCACAGAUAACUAUGAGGUGAUGGCUAUGGGAAUUCUUUCACCAUAGUAACCUUUCACGACCUCUAUGUGGCUCUCGUAAUACCAUGUUGUAUGCCUUAAGUAUACACAACAAAAUUUAUUUUUUAGAAAAGAAUAAAGCUUUUUAUUUAAAGCUCUUCCCACCCAUUUGUUGAACUAGAAUUUUUAAUUUUAACUUAAUAUCUGAUUUAACUCAAUUUAAGUUGGACAAGUGGCAAACUGUGGCACAAUGAUCAUGCACCCUAAAGCUAGUGAGAAGGCUGUUAUUUGUGUUUUCCUCUAGACUCACGUAAAGCAUUGCACAGUCCUUACAUCACCUAUUAGCUCUGGACUCUGUCGUCUUUAUUUAAUACUUAUAUAAAUUAUUUGGAAGUUAUUAUAAAUUAAUUAUUUUGGGAAAAAAUAUCACUAGUUACAAUCCAUCAGCAAAUACGAAGAGUUAUGAAGUUUACAAUUUAGAGCCAUACUCUCACAUGACCCGAAAUGCUUUUAAAGUAUAAUGUUCCACAAAUACAAAUUAAAAUCUGUUGUGGUAAGUUAUCCAUCACACUACGUCUCUCACGAAGGGGACUGUUUAAUCUUCCUAGUUCCUUCUUUACCAGUCCUCCUAUUCUCAUUUUCUUUUCCUUUUAAAAAAAAAAAUGUUGAGUUUUUAAAUCUUAUUUUACUUCUUUAUUUUUUUUCCAACAUGGUUUUUCCUGUCUGGUUAAUCUGAAAAUGCAGUUCUUAUACAUUAAAUCUAAUUUUUGAGAUACUUUCCUGCUGAAGCAGUCCUUCAUUUUUCUCUCAUUUCUAACUAUCCACAUGUUUGUAUUGACAAUACCCUGCAGAAACGAAGUCAUAGCCACUGAUUUGCACCCACAGUGACUUUCAUGACAUAGCCUGAAAUUGGUUACAACAUCUGGUGACUUUAUUACUUAUGUGAUUUUUAUUGAAUCGUGAAUCAAAUUGUGUGGUCUUAGAAGGGCACCUUGGUUAUUUUUCAUUUUAAUUGAUUAGAGCCCAAGGAGGCAAAAUCAUAGAUGAUACUUAAUCCUGGGCUGAUCUUCUCUAUUUAUUUGUGAGCGAAGGUCUUUCCCAUAAAUCUAGUGAAGACAUUAUUAUAUCAAUCAAUAAAUUAAAUGGUGUGGAUACUAUGGACACUGCCAUCAGUCAGAGCAGGGGGAGGACCCGGCAGGGCGGCAACACUCUGUCACUGCAGCACUCGGAUUGCACAUCCCGCUGGCGUGGGCCAGUGCUGACGUCCUCGUGGGGUCAGCAGAGACACAGCUCCAAGGUGUGACUGUGUUUCACCCUGAUUAGUAUUCACCAAUGGGCAUCUCAGAAGUCGUUACACUUGAUGAGGACAGCGAUCAGGUUGAACGUCCCGUCCAGAAGGAAGCGUUCUCUGCCCUCCACCUCUCCCAGUCCGGAAUAGGUCCUUUUCUAAGCAUCCGUUGUUGUCAUUUCUUUUUCUUCUUAAUCCUUCUCACAGCUAUACUUCCGUAGUUAUGCAACGAUUUGCUUCAUGUCUCUUUUUCUGCACCAUUCCGGUAGCUCCACAUGGGCCCAAAUCCUCUCUUAUAGCUUUAUUCAGGUAUAAUUUGCAUAUAACAAAAUCAAUUUGAUGAGUUUGCUAAGUGUAAGUAGUUGUGCAACUACCAUUCCAAGCAACUAGUAAAACAAUUCUAUCGCUCCAAAGUUUCCUGGAGGGCACAAAUAUUCCACCUAUACUGCCUCUCACCAUCAGUCACUGCACAUGGCACAUCAUAAGAAUUUCUUUUUUUUUUUUUUUUGAGACGGAGUUUCGCUCUUAUUACCCAGGCUGGAGUGCAGUGGUGCGAUCUCGGCUCACCGCAACCUCCGCCUCCUGGGUUCAGGCAAUUCUCCUGCCUCAGCCUCCCGAGUAGCUGGGAUUACAGGCACGGGCCACCAUGCCCAGCUAAUUUUUUGUAUUUUUAGUAGAGACGCGGUUUCACCAUGUUGACCAGGAUGGUCUCGAUCCCUUGACCUCGCGAUCCACCCGCCUCGGCCUCCCAAAGUGCUGGGAUUACAGGCUUGAGCCACCGCGCCCGACCAAGAAUUUCUUAAACAUUUGUUGAUGAGUGAAUGGAAGGAAAGUCUGGACGGCCACUUACUAAGUUUUGUGUUGGGAACUUUAUGAAUAUAUUUGCAUAUAUUAUUUCAGUUAUUCUUAUAUCAAUCCAGUGGUCAGAAAUUAUUAUUUCUAUGGUACAGGUAAGGAGACUGAGCGUCAGAAGGCUUAUGUCAUUUAAGGUCCCACGCUUAAUACGUGAGGCCUGGGAUUGGAAUCCAGUUCAUUUGACUGCAAAAGCCCAUUUUCACCACUUCCAUGUAGUGGGCUAUUGUUAACUAAAUGUCAGCUUAAAUAUAUUCCUUAUGGAUAUCAGUGCAAGUCUUUCUUUUCUUUAUUCAAACACUAACCACAGCUGAAAUAACACAUAACUCUAGAAUGCAGCAAUUCAUAUCACGCCCUCUCUCCACGGGGAACCCUCCAGUUCACACCAGGCAGAACAAGUCUUCUCUUUUCUCAUUCUAGAAUGCCUGGAAAGAUAAAAUGUCUUUUGAAUCCCGGCUGCCUUCCUCUUCAGUAUACACUGUGUUAAGUAUUUGUCAUCAUCCAUUUGAUCAUUACAUGUAUUCAUUUGUUUAUUUUUCAACGGUUAAUCUGUGAUGUUGAUGUCAGCACAGACUUCGUUAGAUCACGUUCUUCUAGAGGUUGGAAUUACUAAUAUCAAAGCUUUGUUGUAUCUUGUAACACAGUAACAUUACAAAACAGAUACCAGAAAAUCUUCCUGAAAUCACUGCCAGAACUGAGUUCCGUUUCCUGAGACGUAAGACCCAGAUCAGUGCUGUGAAUAAGGUGGAAGCUUAUUACUUUUCUGUCGAAGAAACUGGAGGUCAAGUUCAUGGCUCCUCAGUAGCCACCAGAUAUCGAGUGCCCCGGCUCCUUCUCAGUGUUCCGCCGUUCUUAGUGUGCGGAUUUCCUCUUCAAGAUUGCUUUAAGGUGAAAUGUGGCUGCUAGGGCUCUAGCCAUCGAGACUACAUUCCAGUCACAAAAAUAGAGAAAGGAGGAUUGGCUAAUAUUUUUCCAAGCUUUCCCAGUAAUUUUAUCUCAAUAACUUCCUCUAUCUGUUAGAAAGCCCGGAAAAUGUAAUCGCAUCACAGGGCACCUUGCUGUGUGGAGUAAAGGGGGCACCAACAAUAAGAGUGGGAGAACAGAUAUUUGAAGAAAGAUGAUCAAGAUGACAAUUAGCACAAUUCUGCUGGGACCCUGUGUCAGUCUCAGUUGUGAGAGUUUCCAACAAUUGCAUCUGGAUUUUCUCAGCACAAAACUGCCUAUUCCACCUUUCUUUCCCCAACUGCACAGAUAUCUAAGCGUCUCCAAUCUCUGGAAAUUAUCCCAGCUGGGUAACAAGACAGUGGCCAAGGCCAGGCGCGGUGGCUCACACUUAUAACCCCACCAUUUUGGGAGCCUGAGGUGGGCGGAUCACCUGAGGCCAGGAGUUCGAAACCAGCCUGGCCAACAUGGUGAAACCCCGUCUCUACUAAAUACACAAAAAUUAGCCUGGCGUGGAGGUGGGUGGCUGUAAUCCCAGCUACUUGGGAGGCUGGGGCAGGAGAAUUGCUUGAACCCAGGAGGUGGAGGCUGCAAUGAGACGAGAUCGCACCACUAUACUCCAGACUAGGCAACAAGAGUGAAACACCGUCUCAAAAAAAAAAAGUGUGGGUAGCCGAAAGUGAAACCCUAGUGGUUCAGACAAAGAUCAUGGUUGGGACUAGCUGGCCACAGAUGAAGCCUCAGACCAGAAACACGGUGGCGCGAAUGGAGCCAGACACAUUCUUCUACAGCUUUUAUAAUAGACCCAUCCUUUCUCAUUGGAACACCGUCUGGCUGUGCUACGAAGUGAAAAUGAAAACAAACGACCGCUCAAGGCCCCCUUUGGUUGCAAAGAUCUUGCAAGGCCAGGUCUAUUCGAAGCCUCAACACCACCCAGAGAUGAGAUUCCUCCAUUGGUUCCGAAAGUGGAAGCUGCGUAGUGACCAGGAGUACGAGGUCACCUGGUUUGUGUCCUGGAGCCCCUGCCCAGUGUGUGCAAGGAAUGUGGCCGAGUUCCUGGCUGAGGACGGGAAGGUCACCCUGACCAUCUUCGUGGCCCGCCUCUACUACUUCUGGGACCCACAUUACCGGGAGGAGCUUCGCAGACUGUGUCAGAGAAGAGACAGUCCACAUGCCACCAUGAAGAUCAUGAGUUAUGGCGAAUUUCAACACUGUUGGGACAAGUUCGUGGGCAACCAAAGAUUGUAUAAGCCUUGGAAUAAGCUGCCUAAACAUUAUACAUUACUGCGCAUCACGCUGGGGGAGGUUCUCAGACACCUGAUGGAUCCAGGCACAUUCACUUACAACUUUAGCAAUGACCCUUCGGUCCUUGGACAGCACCAGACCUACCUGUGUUACGAGGUGGAGCACCUGCACAAUGGCACCUGGGUCCCGCUGCACCAGCCCAGGGCCUUCAUAUUCAACGAGGCUUCAAAUAAUCCGGGUUUCCCUGAAGGCCACCAUGCAGAGCUGUGCCUCCUGGACCUGAUUUCCUUUUGGAAGCUGGACCUGGCCCAGCGCUACAGGGUCACCUGCUUCAUCUCCUGGAGCCCCUGCUUCAGCUGUGCUGAGAAGAUGGCUGAAUUCCUUCAAGAGAACCCACACGUGAACCUGCACAUCUUCGCUGCCCGCAUCUAUGGUUAUCAACGAGGAUAUAAAAAGGGCCUGCGCAGGCUGAACAGAGCUGGGACCCCAAUUUCCAUGAUGAAAUACAGUGAGUUUAAGCACUGCUGGGACACCUUUGUGGAUCACCAGGGACACCCUUUCCAGCCCUGGGAGGGCCUAGAUGAGCACAGCCAUGCCCUGAGUGGGAGGCUGCAGGCCAUUCUCCAGGGAAACUGAUGGAUGAUCCUCAGUCUCUAAGGAAGGCUCAACCUGGGCUGAGCAGCGGAAUAAAAGAUCUUCUUCCAAGAAAUGCAACUACUAUUCACCACCGUCUCCAGCUGAUCACAGACGCCAGCAAAGCAAUGCGCUCCUGACCAAGUAGAUUAUUUUAAAAAUUAGAGUGAAUUACCUUUAAUCGAAAAUGUAUGUGCUAUAGUAGUAAGAUUGUGCUCAAUACAUUCAGAAAAGUUUCAAACCUACUAAUCCAGUGACAAUUUGAAUUGAUUUUAUAUGUAGAGGAAAUACAAUGAAAUACUAAAUAUUUUCAUAUGUUUCCUUCUGUGAUUGUAUCAUGACUUGCAAGUGUUUACAUAAAUAUUAGCAAAUAUGAAAAAAAAAAAGAGUGUGUGUGUCUAAGAUGUCCCUCAUGCCUCAUCCGGCUCUCCGUGGGGGAGAGUACAACAGAGCAUGCUCAGAAUCAAGGAGCGCUCCCUCUUAUCGCCAAAGCACAGUCUCCCCAUCUUCCUCUAGGACAUAUUCUCUCUCCUCCCUCCAUCCUCAGAAGAGAAAUAUAGAGCCCUAACUCAUGGCCAUGAUUCACCUCCGUCCACCUAGGCAUCUAAAGCUAGAGGCAAAUAUGAUCAAGUCAAAACCUAGAGAGGGAGCCGCUGCGCCAAGGUGCCACUGUUCACAUGGUUCCCACAGCAGCAUUUCAUCACAUGAAGUACAGCUCAUGAAUUAAAAUUUGCGCUGCAAGAAUUCUAUUCAGCCAUAAAAGAAUAUAGUCGUGUCUUUGCUGCAUCGUGGAUGGAACUGGAGGCCACUAUUUUAAGCCACUAUUUUAAACAACUCAAAAACAGAAAGUCAAAUACCGCAUGUUCUCAGUUACAAGUGGGAGCUAAAUGAUGUGUACACAGGGGCGUAGAGGGUGCAACACUAACCCUGGAGACCAGGAAGGGCAGGAGGGUGGAAGGGGAUGAGGGAUGAGAAAUUGCCUGCUGGGUACAAUGUAUGUGAUGCGGGUGAAAGCCAUGCUAAACGCCCAGAUCUCACCACUGCCCGAUAUAUCCAUGUAACAAAACUACCAGUGGCCCUUAAAGUUAUACAAAUACAAAAAUAAAAAUAAAUAAAAUGAAAUUUGCAUUACUUCUUGUGGGCUCUCUCAUGAAAGACUUUUUUAUCCACUCCAUGUGAAAAAUAGAACAGGGUGCUGAGACAAUGUAUAGAAAAAAAAAAACCUCAGCAUGUAUUGCUCUGUGCCACUCAUUGUUCUGAGUGCUUUACAUAUACCAAUUCAUUCCCCCCUCGUCACAGACUGACUGUACAAAACAAUCCUAGUGUCUCCUGUAUUUUACAGCUGAUGCAGUGAGGCACAGAUAGGUCAGAUUACCUGCUCAAAGACACCCAGCAUGAAUGACUGAACCUGGUGCUGAAGCCAGUUCAGGUCUCCUGCUCUAACUGAAUUACACGCUAAGUUACUACGCCACUGACGUUAGAGUAAUCCCCCCACCACACACCAACCCUAAAGAGUUACACACACACACACAUAUACACACAAACACACACAUACAGACACACACAUACACACAGACACACACACAGGCAUACACAUACACACACACAUACAGACACACACAUACACAAAGACACACACAGACACACACAGGCAUACACAUACAGACACACACACAUACACACAAACACACAGACACACAUACAGGCACACACAUAGACACACACACAUACAGACACACACAGACAUACACACAGAUACACACAUACAGGCACACACAUAGACACACAGACAACCACACACAUAUAGACACACAGACACACACAUACAGACACAUGUACACAUACACAGAUACAUACAGACACACAAACACAGACACACACAGACACACACACACAUACAGGCACACACAGACACACACACACAUGCAGGAGUUCUCAGUCCCCGUUAUUGGUCUGUUUCCUCUGGUCUUCCAGUAUUCUAGGAUUUGCCGUUAAUUGCAAGAACUCCAAGCCCGCACACCACCUUAAUUAUCAGCUAAGCCCUUAGACAUUAAUUAAAUAAAACAUCAGGGACAACUUCAUAGCCGGAGGAGAGCGAGUUUUUACUCUCAGCGUCAGGGGAAACAGAACUGGGCCCUUAGAGAAAACAGUGGAGAGGAUGAGGUCAGGUUAAACCUGAGGGCUGAUUCUGAAAUGAACGGGGAGCAGGACAUGGGCUUGGUUUACUGCCUCCAAGUUUUAUCCUCGGAAGAACCUCCACCAUAGCAAAGUGUCUGUGAGCAGUCUGGGGGACCGAGGUUAGGGCAGAUCCCCGGACCUCACGCACUGCCAAGGGAAUGUCCAGAAACUCUGAGUCUCCCCAGCAAGCUAUCCCAAGGACAGCGGACUCUUCUAGACUGAGAGUCAUCCCUCAGGCUGGCUCAGAGGGCGGGCUUCCAGUAAGCCGCAAGGCCCCAGCGGCCCAUCACAGGGAAUGAGCGGUGUCUUCCUGGAAGAGGAAGAGCAUUUCUACUAAGUCCAUCCUUAAAUGUCCCUCCGCAACUAAGGCCAAAACAGGCUGCAGUGACGCCUUCAGCCCCAGACCAAGUCUUCCAUAGGAGCCGGGAACCCUGCAGGUCAGUGGUUCAUCCUCAGCUCUAGACAAACUAAACUCUGUAUCGGGCUGUGGAGGUGCCGCUGCCGCAGCAUGCACACUGGUCUGCGCUGGAGACCAAGGGCACGAGGGGUGCAGGGCGGACAGGCCGGUGAACAGUGGCCACGCAUUAGGCAGCAAAUAUACAAUUGCGUUGUGCAGUUUCAUCUAGAAAAGAUACCCGGGGCCAGGUGUGGUGGCUCACGCCUGUCAUCCCAGCACUUGGGGAGGCCGAGGUGGGCGAAUCACAAGGUCAGGGGUUCAAGACCAGCCUGGCCAACAUGGCGAAAUCCCAUCUCUACUAAAAAUAAAAAAUCAGCCGGGUGUGGUGGUGGGUUCCCGGAAUUUCAGCUAUUCAGGAGGCUAAGGCAGGAGAAUUGAUUGAACCCAGGAGGCUGAGGUUGCAGUGAGCCGAGAUGGCACCACUGCACUCCAGCCUGGGGUGACACAGUGAGACUCUGUCUAAAAAAUAAAAAUAAAGAGAAGACAGCUGGGAGCAGGCGCCUCUGACUGUAGGUAGGCAAGCUUUCUGACACUCAUCUAGAGAGUAGACACUGCACAGAGUGUACGGGGACCCUGAGUCCCUUUCCUCUGCUUCCCCCUAGUUUUGAGGCUGCUGAAUCGCAGUCAAAGGGGCAGUUUUGAGCUGAGAUGGGCCAUGGAAAGAGAGAAAAAGAGAAUGCAAAGCUGAAUAGCAUCAGUCGCCGAGAAAGCAAGCUCCAAGUUGAAAACUCUGAAAAAGUCAGACCUGGCCGGGCGCGGUGGCUCACGCCUGUAAUCCCAGCACUUUGGGAGGCCGAGGCGGGUGGACCACGAGGUCAAGAGAUCGAGACCAUCCUGGUCCACAAGGUGAAACCCCGUCUCUACUAAAAAUACAAAAAUUAGCUGGGCACCAUGGUGCGUGCCUGUAAUCCCAGCUACUCAGGAGGCUGAGGCAGGAGAAUUGCUUGAACCCAGGAGGCAGAGGUUGCGGUGAGCUGAGAUUGCACCACUGCACUCCAGUCUGGGUAACAACAGCGAGACUCCAUCUCAAAAAAAAAAAGAAAAAGAAAAAGUCAGACCACAUAAAAAGGCAAUGAGGCAUGGCGGGGGUCGAGGGAGGCAUGUGGAGGAGGGGCCCACCCUGCCUGAGCCACACACUGAGGGUGGCCGCUGUGUCCUCUCUCCUCAGUCCCACAGACCCAUCGCCGCGGGGUCCCAGCUCCUUCUCUCUUCCCCUCCUCCCCAGCACUAGGAGGAAUAACUGAAGGGGCUGAGGACUCUACCCUCUGGAAUAAGGAGCCAUUUGAGGGAUGAGGCUUUUAGAUUUGCUAACAAAACCAAUAAUCAUUUUGUGAAUUAAUUGCAUUCCUCAUUCUGUGAAUAACAAAAUAUGUAAGACAUGUUCUUGUUUUUAAAGAAAUUAUGAUCUCAGUAAAAAGUGAAAAAUUAACAUAUUGGAAAUGAUUACCAAAUGAUACAGCACGUUUAAAAUGUUCCACUGGGUGAGGCCUUUAACAUUUUCCAGCUUUACAGGGUGUUUUUAACAAGGGCAUGCAUGUAAGAGUGGAAACUGGCCUGGGUGAAGUGGCUCACACCUGUAAUCCCAGCACUUUGGGAGGCAGAGGAGUUCGAGACCAAUCUGGGCAAUGACAAGCCCUCAUCUCAAUUUAUUUUAAAUCCAUAUAAAAUACAUUUUUUUAACAAAGGGCAACUGGGCUGGGUGAGGUGGCUCACACCUGUAAUCCCAGCACUUUGGGAGGCAGAGGAGUUCGAGACCAAUCUGGGCAAUGACAAGACCUCAUCUCAAUUUAUUUUAAAUCCAUAUAAAAUACAUUUUUUAAAAAAAGGGCAACUGGGCUGGGUGAGGUGGCUCACACCUGUAAUCCCAGCACUUCAGGAGGCUGAGGUGGGAGGAUUGCUUAAGCCUAGGAGUUAGAGACCAGCCUGGGAAAUAGCAAGACCCAUCUCUAUUUAUUUUAAAUGAAUAUAAAGCAGUUGUUGUUUUUUUUUUUUAAAAAAAAGGGGAAACUGUUCAUUACUUUUGAGAGCAAUAGGUUGUGACAUCCGGAGCCUUAUGAGGAAGCAACUUCCUCUCCGUGUGGACCAGCAUUGGGUGUUUCAGUAGCUUACCCCGUGGACUCGUACUCCAGCCCCUGGACGAGGUGAACUUCUCUAUCUUUCUGAACCUCUCGGUUUUCCGCAGUGAUCGAAAUGGCAUGUGGACGGCACACACGUAGUGCCUGCUGCACAGACAGAGAGCAGGCGAGUGCUCACCCAGGGCUGGCUGGCUUCGCUUCUCCUCUCAAUGCUAGGAAUUUGUUUGAUCCUUCAAAUUAAAGUGUUAUGAAAAACUAGACCUCAGGCCCGCUGUGGCGGUAGGGAUAUGAAUGGUCCUCAAAGCCCCUUGUACUGUGGGAGAUACAGAAGUCGAUCAAUAGUGUUUAAUUAGUGAGGGCAGUUAAAGGAAGGAAACUGGGCUGUAGUGAAACCGAGCUGGGACAUGAAGGGAGGGAGAUGAGAGAUGGUAUUCCCAGUACAUUCCUGCUCUUCCCAGCAGAAGGAUGUGCAAUUCCCCAAGUCCUGGUGCAGGAUGAGAAAGGACUGUCUGUGGACCAGGGCACUAACUCCGUCGCAGAGGCUGCUGAGUGAGACCGAGAAUGAAGAGGAAGCGGGGAAGCUGAGGCUGCGCUUGUGCAGCGAACGCCUGGAUUGCACUCAACUCAGACUCCUGCCUGCGAGGAAGCAUGCCCGGAACCAGGCAAUAAAAGGAAAGGGCGCUUUCCCUUUCUGUGACCAAAGAGUCCCUGUUACUAGCAGUUCAGGAAAAUGUUGCCAUCUUUAAGCCUUGUCCCCAAGACUCAGUGUCUUUAAGCCUUGUCCCCAAGACUCAGUCUCUGGCAGUAUCCUCCUAAUUACGGCCUCUGCAGUUGAACAGGGCCUUGACCAGGCUAUCCGCAUUGUGGGAUUAGAGGCUGCAUUCUAGACUGAAGGAAGAGACCCCUUCGACUAACACGCAGUAAAACCCGUGGCCAUGCCUCUGUUUGCCCAGCUCAUAAGCUGCCUCCUAGGAACUGCACACACUGCUGUGAAUUUGAUUUCCAUGUUAUGUCGUGGAGUAGGUGACAAUGUGAUUUCAGCAGCAGAUGUCAGGGAUAACAGAUAGAUAAAAUAGAUGUAGAGACACAAAUAUUGAUCACAAGGAUUCUAUCCUACACCUGCACGUUCAGAGCCAAGCCUGCCAGCAGGCUUGCCCGAAGUGCUGCUGUUAAAAUAUUGUUUGGUGGCUGCUAAGGCAGAGGGAUGUGACCGGCCUCAGAAGAAAUGGCAGGGAAUUCAGUGUGAGGACGACACAAUCAGCAGAUAACUGCUUGGGUGACGGGCACUUUUUUUUUUUGGUAAUUGAAAACUCUUAAAGAUAUCUUUGCUCUUAAGUCCUGAGUCUCAGAAGGAUGACUUCAUGUGAGGGUGAGUGAGGGGUUGCAGCUGCCUGAGAGAGGCAGGUAACAGGUUCUAAAAGGGGCCCACGUGGGCGUUCCUGCCCGGGACGACUGUGGUGAGGAUACAGUGUUUGCCAGCAACAGUGCAAUAUUGUCUGCAAUGCCAGUGUUGAACUACAGUGAAUGAGGAGUGGAACCUGAUUAGAAAGAACCUCAAUACUUGGAGUCACAGUGACCAGAGGAAGUCAGCCACAUUUCAGAUGAAGGAGCUGGUUUGAGUUUGGGGGGAUUGCUGCCAGGUGAAAUCUGGGAUGCCUCAGUUGAGAGGUGAGUGAGGAACUGACAGCUGUAGACACAGGUCUGGAGGGUCUCCCUGUGAAUGUGACGGCGAUGUGUGUAGAAAUUGCUGUGUUCAUCCAGGGAAGCAAGGCUGUGCCUUGAGGAGCACCUGUAUUUGGGUAGCAGGAAGACCAAGGAAGGUCAAGGAGGGUAGAGGCUGGACACCUGCUAACUCUUUAAGUGGAAAGGCCUGAACAGAUGGGCGUCAGUCCCAUGAGGGGCAGGGCUGGGCAGUAUCCAGCUUUGCUGUGGAGAAACCAUGCGUGUGUGUGUGUGUGUGUGCACGUGUGUGCAUAUGUGUGCAUGGUACAGCGGACUAAAAUUACAAAAAAACCUCUCCUCUGUGAUCCCCACCCGUUAUCUCCUGUGACAUUUGUCUCCCUCAUCUCCCCUCCCAGCAUCUUCUGUCUCAGUCAUUUACUCGAUGGCUCUUGCUGCCAUGUCACCAGCUGCUCUUUUUUUUAAGCAAAGUUCUAGAGACAAUAGUAGUUAAGAGCAAGAGUUUGAGGCCAGGUGCAGUGCCUCACACCUGUAAUCCCAGCACUUUGGGAAGCCGAGGCAGGUGGAUCACAAGAUCAGGAGUCCAAGGCCAGCCUGGCCACGAUGGUGAAAACCCGUCUCUAAAGUACAAAGUUGCUGGGUGUGGUGGCCGGCACCUGUAGUCCCAGCUACUCCGGAGGCAGGAGAAUCACUUCAACCCGGGAGGUGAAGGUUUCGGUGAGCAGAGAUCACGCCACUGCACUCCAGCCUGGGUGAAAAAAAGAAAAAAAAGAGCAAGAGUUUGGCUGUCAGUCCUGGCUUUACCAUUUGCUGCUGUGUAAUAAGACAGACCAGUUAUCCUCCCAAGUCGCUCUGUGAAUUAGGAGUGAAAACAUGGACCUACUGAGAUACUAAAGCAACAUAAAGUUAUUAUUCCGGUACCUGGCUCAUCAUGAGUGGCGAGUACUUGUCUUUACUAUAAGCUGCAGCAUGCAUGUACCCUCUGUCGUUCUUGCUAUCUUCAUUCUCUCACUUCUUCCUCCACUCUCCCUAUGACUUCUCUCUUUUCUCCCAGUUUAAACUCUGAAAAGAAACUUUGGAAUCGGAAAUCUCAGAGAAAGGAAUGUCAUAAUUCCUUUACUUCUUAAUAACUAGGCUUAAAAAUGUGCUAGCUUGACUUUGCCCGGCCACAGCUUACUGUUUUGACUGGUAUCUUGAGCUCAUUAGAGAUAAAAUCACAUUCCGUGAAGUUUAUCUCCUAAGCGUUGUUGAUAGAAUCUGGGAGGAAGUGCAAUAAUUGAGUGUUUCACAAGAAUGGUGGGAAUUUUCUAACGAACAGUAUGCAGUUUUGAAGCUACAGAAAAAGGAAAGAAAAUUUUCACUUAUUCCUCCAUUCAAACCCUGGAGUUUGAGUUGUUUUCAAGUCACAGUAGAGUUCUUCAGAAUAUCAACAGGGGCAGCAGGAAACGCUGGCUGCAACAGCUAAGCUGAGCAGGGCCCUGUUAGUUUUAGAGUCUACUCAUAAGGUACCAAAUCAAGAAUGAAAAUCCUUCAUAAGGUAUCUUAUGGGGUUUGCUAAUAAUAAUUUCUAAUUAAUUGUUUAUUAAUAAUAUUUUUCAAUCCUAUCAUGGGGCAUAUCAUCCCCAUCAGGAACUGUGAGGUUUCCACUGUUUGAGUUGAAAGUCAAUGGCGCAGUGGAAAGGCCCCACGAAUCAGCAGGUGGCAACACAGUCGGUUCCUAACAGCAAUGGUUUCAGAAAUCAAAUUGAUUGUUUUCAAUCACUAAGAGGUGACAGCUGUUUGGCAAAGAAAUUGUGCAGGAAAUUGAAAUGUCACUCAAGCCAUCAGAUAAAACCUACCUCUACAGGCAGUCUGAUCUUUCCACAGACAAUUCCAGGGGCUACGUUUCUUUCUUUUUUUACUUUUGUCUUUUUCGGGUUUUUUUGUUUUUUGUUUUUUUUUUUUGAGAUGGAGUUUUGCUCUUGUUGCCCAGGCUGGAGAGCGAUGGCACGAUAUUGGCUCACAGCAACCUCCGCCUCCCAGGUUCAAGCAAUUCUUCUGCCUCAGCCUCCCAGGUAGCUGGGGUUACAGGUGCCUCCCACCACACCCACCUAACUUUUUUAGUAUUUUUAGUAGAGAUGAGGUUUCACCACAUUGGCCAGACUGGUCUCAAACUCCUGAUCUCGUGAUCCGCCCGCCAGGGCUAGUUCUCUUACGCCAAUCAAGAACUUUCUCCCUGUGCUCAAAAUUCUAUGCGCUGGGGUCUCAUUAAGUUACCAUGACCAAUGCAGGGGCUGAAGUAGAACACAACUUGGCUCCUACACUCCAGAGACUCACAGAUAGAAUCAUGCUGCCUUUGCCGCCAGUGAGAGUGGUAGAGCUGCCUGUGCAUGUGGGGUCCUGAGAGCAGAGCUCAGCCUGAGCUGGGGAGCCAGAUGCAAGCCCAAGGAGGGGCGAGGCUGUGGCCCCCAGCUGCUCACAAAGCCCUCCUGCUUGUCUUCCGUCACCACCUACCUCCCUCCUACCACUACCUCCCGAGACGGGAACGCCUACGACGGUGGAUAAUUCCCUGUCGAUGUGUAUGGAAGAGAAAUCAAACAUUCUGACGGUGAUGGCAGCUCUGGGGGCUUCGCUCUAACUGGAACACAACUGUCAUUCACAGGGUACUUUCUCACAUACUUAAUGUCUCUACCGUCCCCAAGUCUUUGCAAUUGA